GAAGCCUUCUCCGUCGCGUCGUUCGACGUGUCCGACAUUGCCAUCAGCAUAUCUCACGAUCUCUUACCACUAACACCAGCUGCCUGCUCCAGAUGGCGCCCUUCUACAGUCCGCAGGCGGUAAUCUCUGGUUUCAAGGAGCGCAUAGAGGCUACGACCAUGCAAGGCACAUGUUAUGUCUCUCUUCGCGAGUAUCUGGCUCACCGAACGUGCCUGCAGAUGGAAAGCUUUACCUGGGAACCUCAGUCGGCAGUGUCUGUGUGUACAAUAUUAACACCGAACACGGCUGGGCUCGACGUGAAGAAGGGCAUCAGCAGGAAACCAAUUGAACAGAUGGUUUACGUUCCAGAUGUAGCCUCCCUUGCCGUUCUGUCCGAUGCCAUUGUCACCCUCUACCCCGUACCAAGUUUCGCACCACCAACACUACUUCCCAAGACCAAGACUGCAUUCUCACUUGCACUCUACCGUACGGUUGACAGUAUCGACGCCCCUCGAGCCGCGAGUCCAACAUCCGCAAAGGCUCCCAAUGUCUCAGCUGCAGUGACCUAUUUGGCUGUAGGAUGUCGCAGAAAGCUCGUUAUUUAUUCUUGGAAGGACGGUGAAGCACAAGACGUCUUGGAAACCACUCUCCCUCACUCACCGAGGACAAUGGUAUUCAUGAACGGCGAUCAGAUUUGUCUCGGCUAUUCGCCGACGGAAUACGUGCUUUAUUCUCUGAAGUUGCGCUCUACGACAGAGAUAGCCACUCCAGGACAUGCACCAACUGCCUCAUCAAGUAUAGGUGGAAUGGGUAUGGGUGCCCUGACCGGACUGGGUGGGUAUAUUGGUUUAGGAGCUAAGGCGAAGCCUUCCGCGCUUAGAAUGAGCGACAAAGAAUGCCUUGUCGCAAAGGAGAAUAACGGUGUAUUCGUUGGGAAAGACGGCUUACCAUCUAGAACGUUCGCAGUUGACUGGCCGGCUCCUCCAGAAGAUAUCGCUUUUGUGCAGCCGUAUAUUUUCACUGCAUUGCCUCCAGGCUCUGUUCCAGUCUCGCAGAUCGAAGGCGGUUCUACCGUAGCCGGCGCAUCCAAUUUUAUGCCCUCCUCGGUUAUCGAGAUACGAUCGUCCAUUUCGCUACAGCCUUCGCAGACGUUACCACUGCCUUUCGCUCCGCCGCCAUCCACGAUAGCCGGCGCAGCACCACCAGUGCAUACAGCUCGGCUAUUGACAACGUCACCGUCACCUAAGUCACCUCUCUUCCUGGUCACCACCCCCACAGACCGUGCUACUGUCGCCUCAAUGGGAAGCACUGUUUGGUCUUUUCAUAUGAAGCCUUGGGAGGAGCAGGUUGACGAGCUGGCGGAAGCUGGAUCAUAUGCCGACGCUCUAGCGUUUUUGGAUAGCAUAGAUCGAAUACUGCUACCCGACAAGGAUGCGAGGAUACGUGUGGUGCGCGGAUUGAAUGCUGUCGCUCAAUUUCGCGCGGGGCAAUACGCCGAUGCCAUGAACACUUUCCUUGAACUCAAAAUCAACCCCGCUAAGGUGAUAGCGCUUUAUCCUGAAUCCAUAUCCGGCAGGCUGGCCGUACCGGAGGACGGGUGGAUCGAGCUCUUUGGUGGUCCUGUCAAGCCUCAGUCGAAGCCAGAGGCAGUACCGACAACCGAAGAAGAAGGCAAAGAACCCGGCACCGAGACGACACCGGCGGAUACGACUGCUGCGGCACUACCGAGACCACCUUCGCCUCAAGGCUCCGUGCGGGGACUUCUCAGGAGUGGUCUGGAGUCGUUGCGACCUGGAUUUAGGAGAGAUGAUGAGCUAGAAACGGCCUCGGCCAAAGCCAAGAAGCAGGAUUUCCAAUUCCGCAAGUCUAUCGAGGAGCUUAUGCGCUACCUCUCCGAUCAUCGUCCCAAGGUCGCCGGCGCUCUCGAGGUUUUACACAUCACGACCGCUCAGGCUCACCAAAUGCCCUACCUCUCCGCGACGUCGAAGGAAGAUCUUUUCGCUCUGCCGGACACGCCCCUGCCGUCUUUGACACCGGAGCAACUUGUGCGGUUUGCACAGAUCGUAGACACUGCGCUCUUCAAGUGUUAUCUUCUGGUGCGCCCAGGACUGCUCGCCUCGCUUUGUAGAGUCGGGAAUUGGUGUGAGGUGUCGGAGGUGGAGCAAGUCCUCAUGGAACGUGAGAGAUUCUCAGAGCUCAUUUACCUGUACAACGGCAAGAAGAUGCAUGGGAAGGCGCUCGAUCUUCUCAAGCGACUGAGCGAGAAGGAGACGGACAUGAGAGAUAAGCUCAUGCCCUUAGUCAACUAUCUGCAGAGGCUCGGACCCGAGCACUUAGAUAUGAUCUUCGAGCAUUCUCGCUGGGUAUUUGAACAUGAUGUCGACAUUGGAUUCGAGAUCUUCACGUCAGAAGAGGUAGAGCUGCCACGCCAACUUGUGGCUGAUUUCCUGGAGUCUAUUGAUCCUGCUAUAUGCGCCCGAUUCUUGGAGCAUCUCAUCGACGAGAAGGGGGAUGAGUCGGCAUUUUUUCACAAUCGCUUGGCUGAGCUGUACUUGAAAAUGACCAUCGCUGCUAAGAAAAGAGGCAACAACGGGGAGAGGCAAGCGAUCAAGGCGAAGUUCCUAAACUUUAUCGACACCACCAAUCAUUAUGAGACUGAUCGUCUAUUUGGUCUGCUACCUUCUGAAGACCUGUUUGAAGCAAAGGCAAUCCUCCUGGGAAGACUGGGCCGCCAUGAUGCGGCCCUUGAGAUUUAUGUCUAUCGCCUGCAAGACUUCUUGAAAGCCGAGGAGUAUUGCAAACGGGUAUACAAACCAGGAACGCCCACUGGGAAGAUCUUCCUCACUCUCCUCCGUAUAUAUCUCCAGCCUACUGUCAAGACGAAUAUUGAUCUCCUCACACCCGCCCUCGACCUCAUUGCGCGACACAGUCCCCGAUUGGACGAAGUUGAAACUCUCCAGAUACUUCCCCCGCUUGUCCCUGCGCAGGAUGUCCAGCGUUUCCUCAUUGAAGCGUUGCGUGCCCCCAUAUUCGACACGAGGGUUGUGAGAGAAGUGAACAAGGCGAGGGACGAGCAAGUGGCAAGGCGGCUCAUGUACCUGCAGAGCAAGCGGGUGAAGGUGACCGAUAGCCGCAUGCAAGUAUGUCCUGAGUGUCACAAGCGUAUCGGCCAUAGUGUGAUUGCAGUUCACGCACCACAUGGCGAGGUAACACAUUAUCAGUGUAGGGACGCUUUCGCACGCAAACUGAGGACGGUGAGAACAUGAGACAAUGUUUUUAAUAUUCCCAGCAGCUGCUGUAUUACAUGCAAUGAUACCCUACAAUGAAUUGUAUACCAAACGCGGCUCUAUGUACCGCUCUACUAUUCUUGGAUGAUUGAGUGUAUACACUAGAUCUAUUAUAAGCUCUACUCAUCCAUGGACAGGUUGUUCAACAAGUGGAGCGCCUCGGGCCCGCGCGGCGUGAACUUGACCUGGAAGGGGAGCGGGUAGCUACAAACGCGAGGCCAUGAGUUACAGGAAAGUCAGGCUAGCCCAUACACUUACCUGAGCAGACCGGUCGUGUACUUGCCACCGGGCUCGACGGGGUUGCCAUUCUGGUCCAGGGGCUUCUCAAUGUUGAACAAUUGGAGCAUGUAACCCAUCGCGAUCCACAGUGAGUCCAUGGCGAGGUAGCGUCCGGGGCACUUCCUGCGGCCGAAACCGAAAGCGGCGAGCUCGGGCUCCAUAACGUCCUUCCUGAUCUCCUUGCCGUCGGCAGUGAGGAAGCGGGUCGGGUCGAACUUCUCGGGGUUGGGGAAGAUCUUCUCGUCGUGAAGGAUGGCCCUGGGUGUCGGA